CACAGAUGGAGGCUACUCGGUCUUGACAGAGUGGGGACCGUGGAAGCUUUGCUGGACACAAGGACCUGAAGGAAGAGAAGGAGAAGAAAGGAGAGAAGGAUAAUAAUGGAGUGCAAGGAGAAUGUGAUCCACUACCUCAGCUGGGGGUUCAUCGUCGGUGCGGUGGCGUAUCUCCUUCUGCAGACCAGGACCCAGACCCCGUACGGACGCUACGUGACCUCGGAUGGGACCCCAGGGAGGACCUGCCCUGCCAAGCUGGCCUGGUUCCUCCAGGAACUGCCUUCUUUCCUGGUUCCCAUGCUCCUUCUGCUCUCCACCGACACACAGCCCAGCCUGGGAAAAGACCUGCUUCUCUGGACCUUCUGUCUGCACUACUUCCAAAGAACGUUCAUCUACUCCUUGCUGACCAAAGGCCGCCCUUCCCCUCUCUACAUUGUCUUCUCUGCGGUAGUCUUCUGUUCCGUCAACGGUUUUCUCCAAGGCCACUACAUGCUCCACUGUGCCACGUACGAUGACGCGUGGCAGACCGACAUUCGUCUAGGCACCGGUUUGCUGAUGUUUUUCCUGGGAAUGGCCAUCAACAUUCACAGCGACCACAUUCUUCUAAAUUUGAGAAAACCCGGAGAGGUUGUUUACAAGAUUCCAAAAGGGGGAAUGUUUGAGUAUGUCUCCGGAGCAAACUUCUUUGGAGAGAUUCUGGAGUGGUGCGGGUAUGCCCUAGCAACGUGGUCCCUGGCGACGUUCUCCUUUGCCCUUUUCACUGUGUGCUCGAUUGGACCGCGGGCCUACCACCACCACAGGUACUACCAAGAGAAGUUUGAAGACUACCCUCGGUCGAGGAAAGCUGUGAUACCUUUCAUAUUAUAAGAAGAACAGCAAACCAGAGAAGCCUUAAUAAAUGGACUGACCUAGCUAAAAUUAUUAGUCAUGAUAUUGGCAUUUACUGAACUCUGAAAUGAAAUGCUUGUCCUAUAUUGCUCUUUUCUGUGGAGCCCAUGUGACCAGGCUUUAGCUUUCAUUAGCUAGACAUAUUGAACCUAUCAUGUCAUUGUACUCAGAGCUAUCAUAUUCCACACUUGCAGCAACAUAUCUGUAAUGCCAUACUCCAAAAUGCUUGGAGGAAUGAAUUAUGUGGCAGCAUUCAUCAUGGUCAAAGCUCAAUGAAGGAUAAAGAAUUCAGGGUGAAGAGAACGGUGAGUGGGUGGGCAGGUCUUGAAAGAAUAACAUAUUUUAUGUCGAAAGGGAUGACUGACUGCCUUUUCUUCUUUGUGCAAAAAAAUUUAUCUCUUGGACAAAUGAACUACUUCACUUUUGGAAAGGCUCGUUAAAUCUCUGCUUAUUAAUCACAAAUAUUAUGUGAUUAAUAACUGCUGCAUAUGUUAUUACACUUUUUAAUUUCAUACUUGCUUGGUUGAUUAGAUAAGUCCAAAGGCAAUGUCAUCCUUCAUUACGUGGGACAAAGGCUCAGCUUACUGGAAAUCAUGUAACUUGAAUAUCUGGCUACGCAGUGACAUUCAUCAAUCAAGUUCCAGAGAGAUGCCACCCUCUGGAACUAGUUGAGCUAGUGCAUCACUGAGGUUCUUGACAGACAAGCCUAACAGUACGUGUUAUGACUGUAGUUGUAAUCCUCCUCUUCUACCCCUAGAGGGUAGUAUAAGCUUUUUCAUGUGGGUAUCAUGUUUUAGAGAGCGCAACAUGAUAGUCCACUAAAAGCAGACAUUGGUCACAUCAAUAUUUCAAUCCAAGGUGGCUUUCUAAUUUCCUUCAUUGGCACUGAUCUGGAGAAAGAGCAGUGCUGAUGAUGGAAAGAUGAAACUCUUUCCACCUUACUGAGCCAGCCAAGCUGUAUUGCGCUGGCCUGGUUACGCAUGCACCAUCGUUUCUGGAACCGUGCUGGAAAGGAGCAUGUGAAAAUAAAAUCCCUGAACCAGUACAGUUUGGGUCAGCAUGAUAAAGUGAAAAAGGCUUUAGAGAUGUUUAAGAUGGAACAUGUUAAGAAUGGAGGUCCCAAUAUUGACUUGCUUAGUUAAAGGUUAAAUA